UGUCGUCUGGCGAAGCGAUGUGCGACUUGGGCAACCUGCCCACCUACCUAAUAAAGCAACGGACCGACAAGGAGUGAAUGAUGGAGUCACAAAGGAUCUGGCCGCAGUGGAGUUCAAGCAAUAGAUUCACUUUCGAUAGAACAUGUGUGUUUCUUCCUUCGCCCGAGCGUAUAGUUUCCGCGGAUGGUGAUGGGAGAUAUUGCUCGAGACUGUGGUCUAUACCGCCGUUCGCGUGUACUUGCCAGUGAACGGCUGGGUUCGGAAUACAGAAGGAUGCCGCGGAAGCUUCUGAUCGACGUGGGCGGAGUAAUGUGCCUGCUCGCGGCUCGACAUGGAGUGUAUGCUUUCAAUACUCUAUGCAGAUGGCAUCCUACAGACAGAUUGAUGCGCUCCAAGUCAUGUGUCACGGUAUCGUGCCGGUGGGUGCUGGUUGAGAAGGUAACUGAUCCAAGCAACUCGAGGUUCACGGCCGCCGCUUGCCAGCGGACCUGCCUCGGGUGCCUCGUGUCUACUGCUACACGAUGCUUGCCCAGAUCAUGUCAGCAGGCAGCUCCCCUGUCAACAAUCGAGUCUUGUCACAAAGCACUGCAUUGGCUGUGCUCGCAGUAUGACGCAGGAAGAAUCGUCGCAGGCUUGCAAAGAGAAGGAGCGGAACCAUCCCGCUGCUGGACGAGGAAGCCAAGGCUUAACUAACUGUGGACGUCAGCUCCUGCUGUAUCUGCAGUCUUGCUUCCCAUCUAGCAAAGGUGUUCGGCAACUCUGGGUUCAAUUCAUGUUCUCUGGAAGCCCAUCGCUCAAAGGAUAUGGUGUCUGACUUGUGCUGAUUCAUCAGCACAUUUUACUAU